AUGGUCACCUCUCCCAAUUCCACAAGUAUGACAACUCUGUUCCCUGAUAAACUGGGUACUUCUCCCAAGCUGGACACUAACCCCUCCAACAAGACUGCUGCUCCUAGUUCUAUCAACACUGGAAGAAUUCCCAUCAACACGGUUUUCCCGAGCAAACUAAGGCCUAAUAGUGGGACCUGGAUCAACUCCAACUUUAAGGAGAUCUUCAUCUUCCAUGAUGGCUACACGCAAGUUGACACCUCAAAGCCUACCAAUCACCAGAGUUCCACGGAUACUGGUGGACACCAGGACUCUCUCUACGCAUACAUCUCGCUGGACAACUUUGACCACUACUCAGAUGACCACACAGUCCAGGUUUACCAGCAGCCCAGCUGGAUGCAGGGCCAGUGCUUCUGUCCCCGAACUUUCUAUGGCUCCCACUGCGAGUUGGCUGCCAGAGAGAUAUAUCUGGAUAUGGUGGACAGUGAAGUGGGCAUGGAGGUGUCUGUCAACCAGGAGUUUUCCCUGGACCUCAAUGACAACAGUUCCAAGGUCUACAGGGAUUUCACGAACACCUUCCGGGAUCAGAUAAAGAAGAUUUACCAAAAUGUGCAGGGGUUCAAGGAGGUGCAGAUCCUUUCUCUGAGGAAUGGCAGCAUCGUGGUGGAAUAUCUAGUCCUGCUGGAGUUACCCUUCAGCCUCCAGCUGGAGGAGGAGUAUGAGAAGGUGAAGGUGGCCUUGAAGGAGGAGCUCCAGAAUGUUAGCCAGGAUGGGAACAGCUGCCAAAAUGACCAAGUCCUGUGUUUUAAGCCUGACUCCAUCAAGGUGAACACCACCACCAGGACGGAGCUGUCACCUGAAGCCAUCUGUCGCCGCGCUGCUGCCGAAGGUUUUAAGGAUUUCUACUUCCCUUUCCUGGAGGAGAACCAGCUCCGCUGUGUCACCAAAUGCACGGCAGGCGUGAAAGGCGCCAUUGACUGCCAUCAGGGCCAAUGCGUUCUGCAGAGGAGUGGUCCUUCUUGCCGCUGCUUCUCCACGGACACGCACUGGUUCUUGGGCCCGCGCUGCGAGGUGGCCAUCUCCUGGAAGGCGCUGGUCGGGGGCCUGGCGGGAGCUGGGGCCCUGCUUCUGCUGCUGCUGGUGGUGGCGCUGAGCGUGUUCGUUGUGCGCUCCCAGAGGAGGGACAGGCAAGGCCGAGGCAGGUCCAGGGACGACAGGAAGUGGUUCGAGACCUGGGAUGAGAGUGCAAAACCGGCUUUUUCUAACUUUGCCUUCCAGGAUGACAAAAGAGUUAACGAAGAAAACUUCCCUGUGGCCUUGGACACCGUGGACACCAAUGCCAGGGUGCAUAUUCACAGACCUGAGGUGGUCUCGUCCUCACUGUGAGCCCACACAGCCCUCUCCACCUGCCCGGACAGCGGAGAGAACCAUCUGCACUGCCUUUGGAGAGAGGGCCAUGGGCUCGUGCGGCUCAGUCUCCUGGUUUCCUAGGGCAUAACAGACCUCCGCCUACCCUCAUCCUUCCCCCAACUUGGGUGAAACCCACCUGGAGACCCAGUUCAAAUCCACGCUCUUCCACUGUGGGACCUUGGGCAAGUCAGUAACUUCUCUGAACUUUGGUUCUGUCACCUGCAAAAUGCAAGUGGCCCACUCCUCCUGGUACUUCCUGUUGGUUAUAGUGAAACCAGAUGUCUUGGGUCUGACCUCUGUCCCGAUGCACCUUCCUGUGUCGGCCUUCAUGCUCAUAUGGCUUCACUCACAUCCCCAGUCCCCGUGUCCUUCCCCGAGGCUCAGGCCUCUGCCUCUCCUUUUCCUGUGUGCAUCCCUACUGCCAGCCAGGUCCUCCCCCCAUACCUGCAAGCAGCCUGCAGCCUGUCCCAGCCUCCUACCCUGUCCUUCUGUAACUCCCUGCUGCGCUCCUCCACCACUUCUUAACCCUCUCCCCUCUGAAGCUGCUGCUGCUGCUAAGUCGCUUCAGUCAUGCCCGACUCUGUGCGACCCCAUAGAGAGCAGCCAACCAGGCUCCUCCGUCCCUGGGAUUCUCCAGGCAAGAAUCCUGGAGUGGGUUUCCAUUUCCCUCUGAACCCACUUCUUCUUAAGUCCCUCCUCCCCCACACUCCCGCCCUGUGUCUCCCUGUUUCCAUACUUUCUCCUUCCUCAUCUUUCUACCCUCAAUCCUAAAUCCCCCCUGCCCCCCACAUCUCCAUGCCCCACUGCUAAAUCCUCCCUCCUCCCCACCCCCUCUCCCUAGGUAGGUACAGAUGCCCUCUCCAUCUUAGGACCCCCAACUGGGGUUCCCUAGGCCAGGUCCCCCAUUCUGAGUCCCCAUCCUUCCUGUCACCCCUAAGGGCCCUGGAUCCCGGUGGGUGGGGGGUGGCAGGUAGGUUCCCAGGUCCCUGAAGAUGAGGAGAAGAGAGGCCCUGAGGUGGGGAAAGCUCCCUCAGCCCCUCCUCCUCAUUCCCCUAACUCUCCCUCCUCUCCGUUAGUGCCCCCCACUUCCUACCCCUCCCCCACCCCCCCCCCCCACUCCUCUCCCUGGCUCACCCCCAUCUCUGCUGUAACCUCUGAAGCCAGAAGCCCAGCCUCCUUUGCAGGAAGACCUCACCUGGGGACAGGAAGUCUGCAAGUCUCCAGUUCACCCAAUUGAUCAUAAUAUAGCAUUGUGGUUUAAUAUAGCAUUUUCAAAGAAA